AUGAGCUCCGCUUUGCAAUUAAGCUGCCUUUUGGUUGUCCUGGCAUGCCUACUACGCACAGGACACUCCCAAAGUGAUGCUGAAUUCGCGGCUAAGGGUCGCGAAUUCGUCGCUGUGCUUGGCAACCCUUCAGUGGACCAAUCAACCAGGGCUCGAAGUGUGCCUGCAUUUUUGGAUUUCUAUGAGAAAUACUCCAAUCGCUUCGAACUGACAGCUCAGGAACGACAAAAUGCCGAUGAUUUUCUGAGGACUUAUAGGGAUCAAUCAACCCAGAAGGUCGAUGGUGUUUCGGCACAGGGAGGAUUUAACUGGGAAAUUUUAAAUCACAUGGUUGGUAGGCUUGGUGGGAUCUCUGCCUACAUGUCAUAGGAGUCAAUCAUCUCACAAAGUCGAUGGUAUUUCGGACCAAGGAGGACACUGGUUGCCCUUUUUGGCUCCCAUUGCUGCUGAGGUUGUAAUAGCCACCGGCAAAGCGAUUGCCUCUUAAUAACCAUUUCUUAUCUACUU